AGGGCUGCAUUUUGAGUGAUAUGCAACACUACCUUCCCGCUUUUUAGUGCAACACACGCUCUCUUAGAAUAAAUAUAUAAAGCAAAAAUAAUUGUGUUUAAUAUUUAAUAAUGACAAAUCGGGACGAACUUAGCUCUGCUGCAAAGCACAAAUUAAUAGAGGCAGUGGCACGUGAAAAAAAUCCACUUGAUAGACUGCCAGGAAUUUACGAUAGCUACAAGUCCAGUUCUGGCGAGGAGUUCAAACUAUAUUGCCGCGCCAAGGCCGAUAUGGAUGCCAAGACUCUCAAAUGGACAUUUAAGCUGGCUGAACAGAAUGUGGGCCCAUUUUACAAACAUCUGAAAAUGGGCUGGCAGCCAAAAAUAAAACAAUCGGAGCUUAAUAAGAACUGGGCUCGUUUCCUGGUGGCCCAGAAUCAACAAAAGCAACCCGUGGCCUACACAAUGUUCCGCUUCGACAUGGACGAUGGUGACUGUGUGUUAUAUUGCUACGAAAUACAAAUUGCACCAGAAUAUCAGCGCAAGGGUCUCGGCAAGUUCAUGAUGGAAACGCUUGAGUCGUGCGCCAAGAUUUGGCAGCUGGAAAAGCUUAUGCUCACUGUUUUAAAUAAUAAUGAGAAUUCAUUAAAGUUCUUCAAAGCGCUCGGCUAUGCUAAGGAUGAAACCUCACCAGAUAUUUUGCAAGAGGCGGACUAUCAGAUACUAAGUAAGUCCAUGCUGGGCUAAUUUUUGAUUUCCUAUUAACAACAAAUUAUUUAAAUGCGAUACAAACGGAAUAUAUUUAA